AUGACGCCCUGCUUACACCACAGCCGCGCGCUGCGUGGGCUGUGGCUGGCCACUGCAGCAGCCAGUACCAGUACACGGCACUUGCUUCUUGGCAGUUUGUGGCAAAGUCGUUUCUGGCCCGGUGCCCAUCUUUCCCUGUUCCUACAACGACUUAAAGUACAACAUCCUCCAUCCUGGACGCACUACCACAACUUAUUCUGGAUUCUUGCUAAACCCAAGCUCUUCGGCACUUGGCUUGGCCCGCCUGGAAUCAACUACACUAGCUCAACCACACACCUCCCGAGUCUCUUCUCUUCUAAAGCUCCUUCGCCUUACCCUCUAUUCAAUUUUUCCUCUUACAUCUUUCACGCCUCACCGCAGGAGCUGGGUUGCAGGCCACCUCGAAUUCCUAUAGCGACCCUACCGGACCAUAAACUCCUGCUCCAGCGCUCGUCCCCAGCGCUCCUCGCUUACAACAGAAAAAACUUCGAGUCUGCCCGACACCCUCUCCUUAGUCUUGCCAACUUGGCCACUACUCCUCAAUACCACUCGAAUUUCCCCUCAUUUCCACAGGAAAUCUCUUGGGAUCUUUUCUCGCAACAGGCUUUUCCAUCGUUCCAGUUGUCGACAGCUUGCGGGCCAGCAUUAUCAGCUCUACUUGGGGAGCCGCAUCGUCUCUCCCUCUGA